CUGACUCCCACACAAAGGUCCUAGUUCAAGAUGACAACGUCCGACGACUUGAAGAAAUCCAUAUCUGAUCUCCAAUACACUCAGAAUCAAAAGAGAGGAGACAUGGUCGAUAUGCGGAAAGUUGAGCGGUUCAUCAAGGCCAUGGAACAGUUUGGCAAGGUCCUUGCAAACAGCUCCGAGUUUGUUGCCUUUGUCUGGGGACCAAUAAAGCUCAUUCUCCAGAUAAUUCCUACCCACGCCGCCGUGACAGCCUUGACGGCGGACAGCAUCGCCGAGAAUCUUCCAAUUUUCCAAGAGUAUGGGAAUACGUUCGCUCAAAACACAGCGAUGCAAUCGGUACUGGAGAGGAUGUGGUCCGUCAUUUUCCAGUUCCACAAAGAGGCACUCAAGGUCCUUAGCAAGAACACCCUGAGGCACGUCUUCCGGUCCCUAUGGGGUGACUUUCGUGGCCGCUUCAAGUCCAUGCUCGAUGAACUCAAGAGCCUAAAGGAGCUCGUUGAAAGUCAUGCAAACCAAUGGCACAUCACCCAGUAUCACAAAGACAGAGCUGUGAUUCUCGAGGCCCUGGAAAGAACACAGCAGCAAGAGUCAUACGCUGCCUUUGAGAGGGUGCGAAACUGGAUAUCUGGAAUAAGUCAAGACGGACAGUUCGAAAGACAUCAGCGUGUUUUAGAGAGUGUCCAAAGCAAGACUCACAAGCGGGGUGGACAAUGGAUCUUGGGUCACGAAAAGAUGAAGAGUUGGCUAGGUCAAGGUCUCAGAUCCUCUGUACUCUGGGUCAAUGGUAUUCCUGGAGCAGGAAAAUCCGUGCUUGCAUCUGUGGUGGUUGGAAAGCUUAAAGAAAUCAGAAAGGACGAAGAGGAAAACAAGCAGGACCUUAGCUCGCAUGCAUUCUUCUUCUGCGAAUACAGAGACGCUCACCGAAACCACGCGUUAGCGAUCCUCUCAGCUCUUCUCUCUCAGAUCCUCACGAUGGAAAGGGAUCUUAUUCCAUACGUCGACCACAAGCGCGACCAAAAAGGAGAUACGAAGCUUGAAUCGCUGGACCUCUGCAAAGAGCUACUUAGGGUCGUCGUGAAAGACGGGCCAACAAAGUACUUCGUGGUGGACGGGAUCGACGAUUGCGAGGAGCCGGACCGGAGAAACUUCAAACUAGUGAUAUUUAGCAGAGAGGAGCUAGACAUCAAGAAGCGCCUUGCGGGCCCGAACACCAUCCAUAUCACACCGGAGGAUGUGGGCCAAGACAUCGAGAAUUUUGUAGAGUUCCACAGUCGCUGCCUCCAAGAGGAGUUUCCAGAGCGCGGCUUGACCGAGGAUAGGCGCGUGGCUAUCCAAAAGCAGCCCGGUUCGAACAGGGAUGUUCUUUUUGCACGCCUCAUAAUGGAGAAUCUCAAGGCGCAGAAGACCUUGGACGGCCUCAACAAGGAGCUGGAUCCGAAGACAUUUCCAAAGAACUUGGAUUCUGCUUAUGAACGAACUUUCAAGCGAAUUAUGGACAAGGCCACCCCUAACGAAAAAGACGUGAUUCUAACUAUACUUAAGCUUAUGACAUGUUGCUGGCGCCCACUCAAAUGGCAUGAAAUCCAGGCUGCUAUUUCGAUAGUGCUCAACGAGGAGGAAAAGAUGGAUCCACGCCGCUGCUGGACAGGACAGGCCCAGGACCUCUUCGGGUCACUUGUGCUGUCGGAACCCGCGGAAGGGGGGAGAGUGGGAUUUGUCCACAAGACGGUGGAGGAUUUCAUGGCCCGAUCGUCCAAGGUCACCAACAUGACAGCUAUCUCGGCAGAGCAUCGCGUGACGCUACUCUGUCUGCAAUACCUAACGUGGGCUUGCUUUGACAGGGAACUCAACCCAGUUCCAGAAAAUCCCGAGCGGCAGUUCGCAUUCCAAGAUUACGCUUCCGCCCACUGGGUCGACCAUGUAGGGCACCUCGUCAGGGCUGCGCACCACAGGCUGUCCACCCCCAAAGACACGGGGUUCUCGGGCGAAUACACCCGGGGCAUGGGGCCCACGGGCAAAGACGUCAAGGAGAUGGAGCAAGCCGCAGAGAGCUUCAUCCUUCGGUUCUACGACAAAUUGAAGGAUAAAGAGAGGUCUGAGUGCGAGUACAUGCAAGCUGCGGCAUCCCUGGGCCUCUCUGAGCAAGUAUUUGAAGUCAUAUGGAGAGGGGUGAAUUGGGUCCAGACACGGAAAGGGGACGAGGUGGAUGACAUAUUCCCGCCGACACUGCAGGCCGCCGUGCUCGCAAACCGAAAGAUUCUCGAAUCAAUGGCCGACCAAGUCAGAUGCUCGCCAGCGCUGCUCGCGUACUACGGCGGCAGCCUCUUCAAGUGCUCGAGACGGACAUGCUACCACUUCCACGAGGGGUUCUACUCCGAGCUGAGGCGGAGGUACCACCGCGACAGGCAUAAGACGUGCUACGUCUGCCCCGAGAGCAGCUGCCCGCGCAGCCAUGCCGGUUUCCGCAACGAAAAGGAGAUCGCCAAGCACAUCAAGCAGAUGCACCCGGCCGCCGUCACGCUCUCCUGA